UAAACAAAGUCUUAAAAGUACAGAUGCAGACCGCAAACGGUGCGUAAAAACUGCACAUUUGGUCCAUCAUUGGACAUUUCAGAAACCCAUCACCCUGCCUGAACCAAAUACAUGAAGCAUAUACUCUUUCUGCCUGCAACUAAACAUCAUCAUCCAUCCAUGAUUCGUCUUUCGCAUCUCCUCCUCCGCAUCCUCCUAGCUGCUUCCUUCAUUCUUAUAUUCUGUGAGUUUCUCAUCUAUUACUUUGUCGCUAUUCAUUGCUCUUGGCCGGAGCUGAUACCUCAGAGCAAUGGAGAAGCGCAGAUACUCGAAGAGACCCAGUACGUUGAACCUCUGCAUGUCAUGUUCCUGUCAGACACUCAUCUGCUUGGGACGAGACGUGGGCAUUGGUUUGACAAGCUACGCAGAGAAUGGCAGAUGAAGCGUGCAUUCCAAACGGCUCUGACCGUCGCCAAUCCACAGGCUGUGUUUAUUCUUGGUGAUCUGACUGACGAAGGAAAGUGGGCCAGUAAUCAGGAGUUUAGCGAUACAGUGAAUCGAUUCCACAAAAUGUUUCAAGUCCCAGAGGAUGUUGAGUUCCAUGUUGUCGUUGGCAACCAUGAUAUUGGAUUCCAUGAAUCUGUCACAAGAGAUAAAUUGAGACGCUUCCAGGAAGUCUUUGAAAUCCCACCAGUCAAGGUCCUCACAAUCAAAGGAGUAAACUUUGUCUUAGUGAACAGUAUGGCAAUGCAUGGUGAUGGUUGCUUUAUGUGCAGCCCUGCUAUGGAUCAACUACUUGAGGCAUCGGAACAAUUGAACUGCACUCGCUUUGGCUCACCGUCAGGAACGAAGGAAGAUAAUCAAGAAGCAAAAAACAGAUGUCAGAAGUACAAGACGCUACCAAAUAUAGCUCCGAUAUUACUACAGCAUUAUCCUCUGUACAGGUCAACGGAGGCUGUAUGUGAAGGACCAGACGCCCCCUCGCUGGAAGAACAAAAGAAAAAGAACAAAGAGAGAUAUGACGUCCUCUCUAAAAAGGCCUCCCAACAGUUAUUAUCGUGGAUUCGGCCCCGGAUGAUCCUGAGUGGCCACGCCCACCAUGGUUGCUACGUCCUUCAUCCUGGUGGUAUCCCUGAGCUUUCUGUUCCAUCGUUCAGCUGGAGGAAUCGUAACAACCCAAGUCUAAUCAUGGCCACGAUAACACCAGAGCGUUUGGAGUAUAACAAGUGUUUCAUACCCCAGGAGUCAACCGUUAUAAGCGUCUAUAUUUCCUUUGGCGUUCUGAUGCUGGUCUGGGUCGUCAUUCUGAUAUUCUACAAAUGUGGGAAGAGAUUCAAGAUUCAUGGGAUGUAAAUCCAUCUGAGAGUGGACCUUCAGUGUCUAAAGCUGUGUUCCCAUUGGAAUUGUUGUUCUUUCUUUUUGUAAAGAGCCAAUAAAGGAUGAUCUCAAUAUUUCAACUUUUACCUUUUUAUGACCAAAUAGUCAUCGUAGAUACCGGUUAUAACUAUUUUACUCUCAAAAUUUGCAUUCAGUAACAAAUAACUUGAGUCAAAAAUGCACUCGGCCGCACGGCUUUUUCAGCCGAGAGUAAAAAAGGGCUUAUCUAUUAUAAUGACCUCUUGACGGCAGUGACGAUAUUCCCCUAAUUGGAUGUGAACACGGUUCUCCAGCUUUGGCAAACUGAGGGCACUAUUUUCCACACCAAAUAGCCGCCACUGACGUCACAAUUCCUUUGUCGCGCAGGUUUGUUUGACCCCGGGUUUUCCAGAUAUUUUGCUAGAAGCAUUUUGUAAAAAAAAAAUUUUUACUAUGUUUUUACGUGAGGUCAGAGACUCAUUGUAUUUUUUUUAUGUUUCAUAUGGACUCCAGCUAUAAGAAAACUGUAAUAUCUAUAUAUUUGAGAUCAUCCUUUAUUGGCUGUUUAAGUACUGCAACUUUUCUGUAGAAUGACAAAAAUAAAUCCAAUGGGGAUGCAUGGUAAACUUCCCUUCCUGUCAACUGCGACUGUGAUGUAAAAUAACAGGCCGAAAGAGGUCGCUGAAGACUUUUGCGCAGCCAUGGAAACUUAAACCGGGCCACUAAAAAGUCCAAUGGGAAUAGCGACCACGCUGUAAAAUGCUUUGCAAACACCGCUUAUUUCUUUGUGUGCAAGACUGUUUCUAGCAUGGAUUUAUCAAAAAGGAGGCUGGCUAUUUUUGCAUUAAGCCUGAGUUUGGUUGCAUAACAACCUUGCUUUUGUGUCUUCACAGCCGCUGUGUUUGGUUGGCCAAAAGUAAGCGCUCAGCCAGUGAUAGGUCUUCCUUUGACCUCAGUAAGAGCGCUGUUUGAGAAUGUGACAUCAUAUACGAAGGGUCUACUUAAUAUUUAAAUAAGCGUAGUAUAAAGCAUACCAUAAAGAAGCUCCUGAAUGUAUCACGGACAUGCUCAACUUGAAAUCCAAACAAAGACAUCUUCGUUCGUCUACCUCUUGCUCCCUUUUUGUCAUGCCAUGAACGCGCUAUUCAACUUUUGCAGAGAUCAUUCUCCGUAUAUGGCCCCAAAAUGUGGAAUAAGCUUCCUGUCAAAUUAAAAAUGCCAGUUCAAUCACCUCAUUCAAGACAUUCAUUAAAGCUCACCUGUUCAAGCAGGCUCACACUCAUUCAACUGUGCCUCAGUGCCUUAGAGCAAACUUUGGAUUUUGGCGCUCUAUAAAUGACUUUUCAUUGAUUUUUCUAGCUGCUAAUUUUGUUUAUUUUGUUUAUUUAUUUAAGUACUUAUAAAGUGUCUUCAUUUGUACUUAUACGACCCAUAAUACACAUGUUAUCAUGAGAGGAAAUUAUCACUCAAGAGAUACUAUGUACUUCAGGAUGUACCGAGGCAACACAAAUUAGCAAGAUGCAUUUUUGUGCAAUGAGAUACACCCCCCCCCCUUUUUUUUUCACACAAUUUCUAAAAACCUCAAAAGCUUGGUCAAAAUGCAAAUAGCGGGCCCUGAAAUACACAAUAUUUGUAAACCAUUUCGUGAUAAGCCAAUGUAUUAACUUUUCCAAUAUUACUUACCACUAAAACUUUGGUUCAGCAUUGUUAAUAACUUAAAGAGGCUCUCCAAGUUCAAAUUCAGUAAAUUCAGUUCUGUGAUUCACACAUUUUCCAACACCAGAGGGGGCAAACGUUAGCAGUCAAAACCUCACAUAAAAUGGCGUCAAAUGCCAUUGUGUUUGAUUCUCACCCUUCAAGUGCAAUUGGUUGAAUUGACCUCACAUCACAGUUUACCUGUGCACCGAUUUUACCCAUACACUGAUGUGUGUUAGCACUGUAAUCUCAGUACUUUCCCGAGUCCUGUGAAAAAAAUAUAAC